AGAGCGGUAUAGUAAAAAAAAUAAAAGAAAGCGGAGGAGCGAAAUCGCCGGUACAAGUACAACGUAUCGGAUCGUUCGAUUUGUUGCUCUUCCCUCUCCUUCUUUCACUCGCUGCUGUCCCUUUUCAGUAUAUGUAACUGGAUCCUUCAAUCCGUCUGGAUUGCUUUUACCAGGGCGUGGCUACGAUUUCUGUUUCAGGUUUUGUGACCCCUAAUCGCUGCAAGUUUUUUCCUUUUCCGCCGGGUUUUCAAUGUUGGCGACGAGUUCAAUGUCUGCAAUCGGGAAGUCGACGAACAUCUUCUGGCAAGAAUGCCAGGUCGGGAAGGUCGAUCGGGAGAAGCUGCUCAAGCAGAAGGGUUGUGUCGUUUGGAUAACUGGGCUCAGCGGCUCAGGGAAAAGUACUUUAGCAUGUACGUUGGGUCGAGAAUUGCAUUCCAAAGGAAAGCUUACAUAUGUGCUUGAUGGAGACAACCUUAGGCAUGGGUUAAACAAGGAUCUUGGCUUUUCAUCAGAAGACCGUGCUGAGAAUAUACGAAGGGUUGGUGAAGUGGCAAAGCUCUUCUCAGAUGCAGGUUUAAUCUGUAUUGCAAGUUUGAUAUCUCCAUAUAGGAAAGACAGAGACUCCUGCCGUGCAAUUGUUCCCGACUCUAGAUUCAUUGAAGUAUUCAUGAAUAUGCCUUUGGAACUGUGCGAAGCAAGGGAUGCAAAAGGCCUGUACAAACUUGCUCGAGCAGGAAAGAUAAAAGAUUUGCAUGCAGGUUUUACUGGGAUAGAUGAUCCAUAUGAACCACCUCUGAACUGUGAGAUAGAGAUCAAACAAGAAAAUGGGAUCUGCCCUUCCUCUUUUUCCAUGGCUGGUCAAGUUGUUGGUUACUUAGAAGAGAAAGGCCUUUUGCAAGAGUAAUACAAGGUUCAUGAAGUCUCAUUGUAGUCCAAUAACACCCUCUUUUAUUUGCUGCAAGUUAAACACCGAGGUCGUCUUAGCAUUCCACCUAUUCAAGUCUCCAAUUUAUGGAUUAAAGUUUGUCCUUUGAUUUAUUUGUUUGUCUGAAAAUAUUAAUCAGAGAUCAUUAUUUUGGUCACUUGUUCACCCAAAUAUUUGGUGCUCUGGCAUUCAAUAGAUAUCUUAAACAAUAGUUUGAGCAAA